UAACUAUUCAAAUAGGCUAACAAAGGGAACGAACUCUUUGUAAUCCCAAGGGAAAUAUGCUGUCUUUUUUCACCUAUUUAAUUCCGUCUCUACCGAGUUGGUUACUCUUUGAAAUAAGUCCUGUCGAUAGUUUUCUGCAAGGACUUGUUGGUGCAUGUGGGAUCUCCGUCCUUUGCAGUCUACUGAGAAUUCACGUAUUCAUUGAGUCAAAGAGAAUUGAAAAUGACAAAGGUAAUGAAGGGAAAACAAAACCAAGGACAAACCACCGCAAGUGGCUGCCAGGAUCAUUCCAGUUUUGGUUCCUCACAGGGAUCCUGGCAAUUGUGGGGUCACAAGUUGCAUCACUGGUUGUUCUUGAAUUCAUACUCAGAGCAAUUUCAGCACAAGUCACUGCUGGACCGGAUUCCCACUCUCGGUAUACAGAGAGGUUACUUGUUCAGUGUCAAUUCUCUGUGGGAUGUGCCCUAAGCUGCAGUCUUCAUUUUCUCCACAAGGAGGCACCCCAUCGCUGGUUGAGUCUUCUGCUUGCCACAGCACUGAGUUGGUUCUUGGCCAGUCAAUGUUCAAGACUAUAUGAACAUGUGAAGACACUAUUCCAUUUGCACAGUUCACAGCGCUACUGUGGUAUCUGUAUUGGGCUAUUAACCUCAGCAUCUUCCAUCCUAACCUAUUUAUGCCGUCUUCUUAUUCUCACGUUCACUGUGGCUGCAAUUGCUGCUUUAAUUUCCAUCAAUCAGCAGUUUUUGUCAGCAAAAGAGGCUAUUAGGUUCUGGACACCCUUAACAAUCUGCUAUACACUGCUUGUGAUGUCUACACAAGAACAGCAACAGCAACCCAGUAGCCAGACAGCUUUUCACACUGUGGUCGUGCGACUCGGAGGCCUAUUCCUGCUGAUGCUGACAGUGGGCCAAUGGGCAGAUUUGUUUCAUGUCCUUGUGUGUUUCCUGGGAGAAGCAGCUUGUUUAAUUCCUACUGAAGACCUACUGAAUGCCAGAGAAAAUGGUACGGCAGAAGUUCAGAGUAACCAGACCCUGAAAAGAGACAUCAGAAGACGUUUAAACAAAACUGAAAAUGAUUAAUAGCUGACUGCCUUUCUGUGCUUUUUUCUAAUUUCUUGUUAUAAUUUAUACUUUUGUUAUUGUUAUGUGCAUUGUUACGUAUGUGGGACAUGCAAGUAUAGAACAUCAAAUGAAGGCUAAAUAUGUUAUUGGCAAGUCUUGGUAGUCUUCAAUGUACUGUAUGGUCAAGAAAAGACCUAAGCCACUACAUUUUUCAGUGUUUCAGGCACAAAAGCCCCUGAUAAUUAAUGAUUUCACAUGGAUCAUGAUACUUGCUAAAUGUUACGGGGCCUAUUAGCUUUAACUCAUUCAUUAUAAUUACACUCAUGUUGUUGAUAACAUGUUGUAGCCUACCAGGUUAAAGGCGGUGGUAGCUAGCAUGCAGUAGCCUAAAGUUGCCUGUGCAUUUCCCGGAUUCCCUUGAGCAAGGACUCCAAGUUGCUCCGGGGACAAUGUAAUAUAGUUGAUAUAUGUAAGUCACCUGGACACAAGGUGUCUGCUAAAUGUAAUGUAAAAGAUGACAACAAUACUGCUAGUCCAACUGUGCUAUAAGUGGUGAACCAUUUGGUUAAAUCAAGUGAUCCUGAACAGCUACCAUCUAAAACUUCCAGACCACUGCUUGCCAUGUAACAUUAUUUUCAGUUUUGUCUGACAUUCUUUGUAACCAUUAAUUGUCAGACCUCAAGUAUUCAACUGAGGCAACAGAUUAAGUGACCUUAAAUAAAUCAACACAUCAAAAGUUA